AUGGACAGAGCUCCUUCGUGGGAGUGGCCGGAAGCCGCAGCGCAUCCACGCGCAGAGGCAGCUGCUGCUACUGCUGCUGCGGAUACAGAGAAUGAGCCGGAAGAGGCGAACGGCCAGCCUGCUGGAGGAACCAAGAAUUAUCCAAACCGAACGUGCAGGAUAUGCCUCGAAUCUGUACCUCCAACCACCCAUCUGCCCUCCGACAGUUUCCCAAGCUUCCUGCAAGCAAAAGUUCGGGUAACAUACGACUCCCAAGACCCUGAGUUAGGGCGUCUCCUCCGGCCUUGCAAAUGCAAAGGUUCGUCAAGAUACGUGCACGAGGGGUGUCUGAGGCUCUGGAGAAAUGCCGACCCCGCGUAUGGGAGACGCAAUUAUUGGCAGUGCCCGACCUGUGGGUUCGAAUAUAGGCUGGAGCGAAUGACAUGGGCAAGAUGGAUUAAUAGCCGGGCAGCCCAGAUGACGCUCACUAUCGGGGUUCUCUUCCUCGCCAUGUUUCUACUUGGGUUUGUUGCCGACCCAAUUAUCAACCUCUACCUGGACCCUCUCGAUACCAUCACCGGUGAGCUUUGGGACGACGAUACGGGGAGUUAUCCUGUAGGAGAUGGGAAGUCGACCUGGACUGAACAUCUUCUCAAGGGCCUUGCGUCGCUCGGGGUACUGUCGUUCAUUAAAGUGAUGCUUGCGCUCUCGCCAUGGCAGUGGUGGAACUUGCGCAACUCUGGUCUUCUUGGCGGAUCAAAUCGGAGAACAGCUAAUAGCGGGCGGAGCAGAGCUGCAUCGGUGAGCUGGAUUGUUCUUGCUAUUGGUGUAGCCACAUUUCUCUGGGGUGUAUAUAAAGGUGUCCGUGCCUGGAGUUGUCGAAUACUUGAAACAGCUGGACAGCGUGUCAUGGAUGUACCUCUAGAUGAUGACGACGAAGACGAUGACGGCGGGGGCGAGGAAGCCGCAUCUUCAACGGACCACGCUCAAUCCAAGAAGAAUGAUUAG